AUGGCUCGCCGUCGCAGCUACGCCCUAUUCAUCGCCUCGGCCAUCUUCUUUUUCUGUGGCUUCGCUGUCACGCUGGUCCUCCCGAAAUCUGCCUGGACUGGGUCUACUAGUUUGUACGGUCAGAUCUUCAACGUAUUGCCCGACAAGAUUUGCCCCUCUUAUCCCGUCAAUCCGGCGCCACGAUGCUUCGAGAAGAGCCAUUGCGAGCGGGUCCGUACGUUCGACUUGCGUGCCCUCUCCGACAUUUUCAUUGUGACCGCCUGCUUCCCGUCUGAUGCGAAGGACGUGGCUCUGACGUUGUUCGUGAGCAGCUGGAUUACUUUUGUGGCCCAAGUGCUGUACCUGGCCGCUGUCUGCAUCCAGGAGAGCAAACGCUAUCGCGCCCCGAAGGGAUACCGCUUCGCUAACGUC